UCCAAUUCACCAAGAUGCCGUUCUAUGCUCCGGACUGGGUGCCCAAGCUCCCAUUUGAUGUACCAGAUUCGAUCCCGAUCAACAAAUUCAUCCUGGAUGAGAACUUCGGACGUCACCCUUUGGGAUACUCUCGAUCGCCAUUCGUCUGUGGGCUCACAGGUAAAGAGUAUAGUGCCUUGGAGGUUAAGGAGCGAGUCGAAUUUCUGGCAAGAGGGUUGAGUCAAGAGCUGGGCUUCCUUCCGAAUCAAGGAUCAGAAUGGGACAAAGUCAUUGGUCUGUUCAGCGUCAACACCGUAAGCACCAGAAUAUAUGGGUUAGAUUUGGCUGUCAGGCAACUGACCUCUUGCAGANUUGACACUUUGACUCUCGCGUGGGCCACUCACCGUCUUGGUGGCAUCCAAACACCAGCCAAUGCAGCUUACACGGUCCAGGAAUUAGAGCAUCAGCUUCGCGACUCUGGCGCCAAAUGUCUCUUCACUUGUUUGCCGCUGCUUGAUCUGGCAUUGCAAGCAUCGAAGACCGUGGGAAUUCCUGAAAGCCGCAUCUACUUGCUCGAAGUACCCGAAUCUGUCGCUGGUGAGAAAAGAGAUGGAUACAAAACUCUCGAUCAGUUGAUCGCUGAAGGACAAAAAAUGGCAAAGCUGGAGGAGUUGAACUGGUCCAAGGGUGAGGGUGCUUCGAGGACUGCAUUCCUAUGUUACUCCAGUGGAACCUCGGGUCUUCCAAAUGUCAUUGCUAAUGUCCUUCAAAUGCGCACUUUUGAAGACCCAUGGAGAAAGACACUGAUCGAGCCUGGCAACCAAUCCGAUUAUACUGAGAAUGUUCUUGGACUGCACAGUNUACCGCUCAACCACAUAUAUGCCCUGGUAGUCAUUGCACAUUUAGGAGUUUAUCGUGGCGAUGGUGUCAUCAUUUUGCCGAAGUUCGAGUUCAAGAGCUUCCUCGAAACGAUACAGACAUACAAAAUCGGUUGUCUGUACCUUGUACCGCCUAUCAUCAUCACAAUGACAAAGUCGCGAGAUGUGGUGAAGCAAUAUGAUCUCUCGUCUGUCAAGAGCAUCUUCACCGGAGCAGCGCCAUUGGGAGAAGAGACAGCAGAGGACCUGCAGUCUAUGUUCCCAGAUUGGGCUAUUCGACAAGGAUAUGGAAUGGUAUGCUCAACGACACCAACUGAUGUAUACUUUGGAUCUUCUGGAAGCUUGAUGCCAGAUAUUGAGGCUCGAAUUGUCACGCCCGAAGGUGAGGAAGUGACCAAGUAUGACACGCCUGGCGAGUUGUGGGUCAAAGGGCCAGCAAUCACCCUCGGCUAUCUCAAUAACCCGAAGGCCACUGAAGAGACGUUCGUGGAUGGGUAUCUGAGAACUGGAGAUGAGGCUGUUGUUAAGAAGCAUCCGAAGUCUGGCCACGAGCACAUCUUCAUCGUGGAUAGACUAAAAGAAUUGAUCAAGGGAUUGCAAGUGGCUCCUGCAGAGCUUGAAGCUCAUCUUCUGACGCAUCCUUCGGUCAACGAUUGUGUCGUUAUUGGUGUACCAUCAGACCGUGAAGGAGAAGUGCCCAAGGCAUUCGUUGUCAAAUCUCCAUCUGUCGGGCUUGAAGAUUCUGAUAGGAUGGUCGCUCGAGACAUAGCCCGUCAUGUGGAACAGCACAAGGCGAAGCACAAGUGGCUCAAAGGUGGAGUGGAGUUCAUCGACAUUGUACCAAAAUCACCAUCCGGAAAGAUUCUGCGUCGUCUUUUGAGAGACAAGGAGAAAGAGAAGAGGAGAAGCAAGGGAGCGAAGCUG